CGGAAUGAAUAAUAAUAGGAUAGAUGGAAGCAAAAUAAAGAAUACUAAAAUACCAAUUCUAUUUUUCUUAACUAAGCCAGGCCAUAGGUUAAGUUUGUAAAUGUUUUAAUUUCUUUACGAGUUUUAACGAAGUUUGUACAUUUAAACAACAUUUAUGUUUAAACUUUGACCUUUUAGUGCACCAAAGUGAGGUAAAUAUGUCCCGAUCUUCUGCAGAUUCUUUCAUAAGCCCAUCAUCAUCAGAUGAAAGUUUUGACUUUUUAUUCAAAAUAGUACUCAUAGGGGACUGUGGAACUGGAAAAACUUGUGUUGUUCAAAGGUUCAAGUCUGGAACUUUUGUGGAAAGGCAUGGUAAUACUAUUGGAGUAGACUUUUCAAUGAAGACAGUUACGGUGGAUGGGAAGAAAGUUAAAUUACAGAUAUGGGAUACUGCUGGGCAAGAAAGAUUCAGAACGAUUACACAAAGCUAUUAUAGAUCUGCCAAUGGAGUCAUAAUUGUAUAUGACAUCACAAAACGUGCCUCGUUCUUGGGCCUGCAGCGCUGGAUCGAGGAAGUAAGGAGGUACACUGCAUCAAAUGUCAUCAUAAUUUUGAUUGGCAACAAGUGUGACCUUGAGACUCUGAGAGAAGUGGAGUUUGCUGAGGCUGAGGCCAUGUGUGAGUACAUUCCUGAGAUAUUGUACGUCAUGGAGACAUCGGCCAGGGAGAACACUAAUGUAGAAAAUGCAUUCUUGUGUCUCGCCACGGAACUGAAGAGGAGACACGAUCACAACUCCUACGUUGACAGUCCCUCCGGUGAUACUGUGAAGCUCGGUGAGAGUCAUGUAGUCAAGCGCUGCAGCUCGUGUAACUCGUUAUGAGCUUGUGAUCUCGUUAUGAGCUCUAACCCCCAGGAACCCUUGUGAUACCUAGCGGUGCCUUGGACUGCUACGCUCAUCUAGACUACUUCAGGUAUACAUCCUAGGUGCAUAGUUAUUACCUCACAUUAUAGUGGAAUAAGUAAAUCAGGAACAAAGGACAAAUCUUUGGAUGGUUUAUGUAACGUUCUAACUAUAGUAAACCCUAUGUAAUCAGCACUAAUGGGGUUCAAGUUUUCUGUAUUAACGAAGAUGGCUGUGUUGCUGGUCUAGGCCUAUUGGUUAGUUUCACUGACUUAAACGCGGAAGACAGUUCAGUCUUCAGUAUGUCGAACCAAAUAUAGAAGUUAAAACUGCUUUUCCUUAGAAGUUGUAAUUUUUUCGUUUAUAAAAAGCAUCUAAUGUGCACACUAGUUAAAACAGUAUUUGUAUUACAUACACAAAUUUUAAUCCGAGGACAGCAACACUAUUCUGUGAUUGUUUGUACACCCUAGUAUAUGAUUAAAAAACUUUUACAGGAUAAAACACUUGAAUAACGUAUUCAAAAUUUAGAAAUACAAUCAGACCCUCAUGGUGUGCUAAAAAAAAUUCCAAACAAUGCAUUUUAAAUUUCUAAUUCCCAUUUUGUACUUUGACAUUAUGUUUUUCACUCUGCAUUACGCUCAGGUCCUUUGCUACAAAACAGCUUACAAGAGCAUUCCUGCAAGCAGUUGCAGUCGGUGUAUGACAUUUUAAAAACGUUUUAUUGCUAAAUAAAACUAAAGAAUGUUUUUAUUUGAUGUCAGUUGAAUCAAUCUAUAAAAAUGGUUUUGUUUGUAGUUCCAGGGCAUAAGUAAGGUGUACAUAAAUUCACAUUCUUUAGGAGCAAAAUAGACCAAAUUGAUGGUUGUGUCAUUCUACACAGGCAUUUUAAUACAUUUUUAUUGAAUGUACAGCCCUAGAGAAAGUUAUAAAAUUAAACCUGAUUUAGUUUUACUUCUUCUAAUACCCUUAUACUUUAAACAAAUACUCUAUGCACGUUUGUGUAUGCAUAGUUUUUGUUUUUUUCUGCAUAGUUGUUAUUUAUUAAAUAACAUUUUUUUAUUAUUUUUGUUGAAGGUUGAAUUGCAUCACAUUGUUAAUUUUAUUCUCUUCAUUGUUAAUACCUUUCGUGUUUACAGUUUUAUAUCUAAUUUAGCAUACUGUUCAUAAUUUAACAUAACUUUAAAACUUCUAGAUUGCCUUAAAAAGAAAUACAUUUGCUUUUAGACGAUGUUUAAGUUAGAAUUUAAGUAUGAAUCCUUAAUUUAGUUUGCCAAAGAUCUGGUACAUGAGGCCUAAACAUAAGAAAAUUUAGCCUAUACAUGAUGCAAAACAUAUUGCGCUGCUACGGCCUAAUCAACUUCUGUAAUGAAAAAAGUAAAAUCAUCCCAAAAUGAAUUGUUGCGAUAUCACAGUAAAACUGCUAUUUUCAAUACAUGAGCUGCAAGGUGAAAAUCUAGUUCAUUCAUCUCUAGGGCAAAAAAGUCAGCUGUAAACUAAUUUUGAUGAUAUGAAGUAGCCUAUUUCGGAUUUUAAAAUGUGUUGUAAUUCAAAACAAUUUCUGUUCACAGAAAAUAAACAACAAGAAAAUGUUUUCAUUUGAAGAAAAUUUUUUAUAAUUUACCAAUAUCUGUGAGCUUACAACUUGUUAUGAAAUUGAUAUUUUCUGUUGUAUUUGCCCAGAUCUUAAAAAAUGGAGAGCCAUAGUCAAAAUUUAUUUUGUUUGACAUUUAAGUUUUUGUGUUAGAUACAUUUAUUAUAUCGUUUUAUUAGCUCAAUUUAUUUUGCGUCUGGUAUAAAGGCAGGAUUUUAUUUGUUUACAAAUUUAAUGUUGUGAACAAAUAUAGCAUUAUUGUUUUAAUGAGUUAAACAGAAGAUGUUGCGAUAUUUUGCAAUGCUCAAAAUGUUGUUUUUAUUAAAGUAAUAUUCUGAUACAUUAUUUCAGACUCUAAAAACAAUAGUCACAAUCUCACCCUUUACAGUAUUAUUUUAUUUUUUAUUUUAGGCUAGUUAUAUUUUACAAUUAUAUUUUAGACUGAUAAUUAUUUGCUUUACUGUUUUUACUACUGGCCUUAUUUAUCACCAUGUUUUUGCCUACUUUCUUCUUCCUAAAUCAAUAUGUUUAAUAGAGAUAAUCUAUGAAAAGUUAAACUAAUAUUGUAUUUCCAGUACAGAGAUUUGCAUGAUUCAGUAUACAAAUAUAGUAUCAAAAGAACAUUGAAUACUUAAACUACUUAAGGAACUUUAGAUUAAGUCAGUUUAUAUAAAAGAUUGAUAAUAUUACAUAAAAAAUAUAUUCUAAAUCUAUUGCACUUCAUAAGUAUCAAAUAAACAUCCUUCUGUUCAGUUUAUCUUUUAUUGAUUGAAAUACAUUACCACAGUUCAUACAUUAAAUUCAAUUGAUUUAACUAGUAUUAGAAACUGUGUAUCCAAGCUAAUAUUGAGAUUGUAAUUAUUUAUAAUUAAAAAUGCAUGUUAAAUUCACUGAAAUAUUUCAAGGUGAACAAAUAUAAAUAGAUCCAGAAUGUUGCUUUUUUUUGGAAGGUAAUAAUACACAUCACUAAUAAAUAUUAUGUAUGUGCCUUGAGAAUGUGGUCUUGUUUAAGAAAUGCAAUAAUCAAGGUUGUAAUGUAGUAUUUAUAUUGUACUUUUAAGGUUUUUAUUGUAACAUCGAGCAUUUCAAUUAAGUUUUAGUCUAUAUAUAUUCUUUGAUAAGUCUGGAAUUGCAAUAAAAAUGCUUGGUCAGAUCUGUUAGUAAUAAAAACUGCUUUUAAAAAAUCUACAUGAAUCUUUCAAAAUCUGUCAAACAAUGGCUGUAACGUUAAUGAUCUAUAUCUGUAUGUUUAUUUAUUUACUCUUACAUGUUUUUAAGUUUAUGUACAGUACGACCCCGUUUAUCCGUCUCCUACAGGACCAGAUUAUCCGAAGAGCAGCAUUAUCAGGACUUUUCCGAGAUCACAGGAGUUGAUUAUGAUGUUUCCGUUACCACAGGAGAUAUUGAGGAUUACAACGUUUCCGCGAUCUCGAGAGACCAUGAUGAUGUAUCUGUAAAUUCAGCUGAUGUUCUAUAUUUUGCCGUCACCACCGAAGUAAAUGAUAUUUUUCAUAACCGCGGGAUCUGUGUAAGAUUUUUCCUCGAUAAUGUUCCCGUGUCCGCGAGUAGCAUUAUUUAUUUUGCCACAAUUGCGGUAGGUGAUGAUAAUGUUUCCCUUACUGCAGGAGAUGUCGUAGAUUUGGCAGCAAUUGCUGGGGAUGAUGAUAACGUUUCUGUGAUUGCUGGAGACUGUAAUGAUGCCACACGAUUAUAGAAAAUGGUAACUAUAUAACUGCGAUAACAUUGUCACUAAUAGGCGAUCACACAAUCACAUUAUGAGAGGAGUCCGAUUAUCCGAGGUAGAAUUAGCAGGGUUCUACUGUAAAACUUAUCUUUUUUAUAGAUCGAUGGUUUAUUAUCUCAAAAAUGAUAAACUUUUCAAUAAUAAUAAGAAGUAUGUUAUUAAAUGAUAUUACUAUUAUUAAUAUUUAUUAGAUUUUUGUGGUGUUCUUUUACUAACCAGUAUUAAUUUAAGUAAGGCAUUUAGGUACAUUAACGGAAAACUUUUGGUACUGUAAUGAUUUUCAUUCUGUUGAUAAACGUUAAGCCUGUUUUGAUGUGUAUUUUUGUUGUCAAAAUGCUUCUCUACUAUGUCAGCGGAAAACGUACACUGUACAAUUUAAUUCUUCCUUAAUAUUACCACUUUGUUUUAAUUGGUUGUAAUAGCUUUAAUAUAGUCAAUGGGUUAAGGUAAAGUGUUAAAGGUAAGAAAUAAAUAAGAAACAUCCAAACUUACAAUUUACACAAGUCACGUUUUAAAGUUAUCUUCAGAUGUGAUCAGAUGAGAUCAUGAGGAUGACAAAUCUAUCAUGAAGUAUGUUUAUCCGUAUUGUAUUAGAUAUUGCAAUAGGUACAAUAUAUUUUGGUUAAAAUGUGAAUAUAAUGAGUUAAUUAGUUUUCGUCCUUUGUAAUUUGUAAAGCUUUAAUUUGUACUAAUUAAUUCAUUGUUUGAAUGUUCCUUUGUCAUAUUGAUACAUAAUAGUUUAUGUACUGCUAAACAUAUUACUAUUUGAUAUACAUGUUAUGAUUUGAAUACAUGUUACAUGUAUUCGUAUAAUUUAAUUUACCACUUACAGUAUUGAGUUUAUGUGUAAUCAAGUAGUUAAAAACUAAUUUCUAACAAAUGUAACCUCACCAGCAAUGGAAAUCAUGGUUUUAUCCUCAUGCUGUACAAACAUUGAACACACAAAUAAUAAUAAUUUAAUUUACUGUACUUUUGUUUACUUUCAUUUUAUCUCGUAUGUGAUUAUGAUUAUAUUUCUAGUAACAGUAACCAAUGCCUAGAUAAUACAGUGUCUUUGUUGAGCUUAACCUAUUGUUAAUGUUAUUGUUGUAUCUCACCAUGUUGUUAUUAAUAAAUGCAUUA